AUGGCUGAGUUCAUGCGGCUGCAGAACUGCCUGGCCGUGAUCCGUCUACGAAACCCGCCAGUCAAUGCGAUCAGUACAACUGUUGUCCGUGGAAUAAAAGAGAGUCUGCAGAAAGCUACAACAGAUGAUACAGUUAAAGCCAUUGUGAUUUGUGGAGCAGAUGGCAUCUUCUCUGCAGGUGCUGAUAUUAGACAAUUCAAAACUCGUCAGAACUUUGACAUACACCUGGGAGAUAUAGUAGAUGAAAUACAGAGAAACAAGAAACCCGUGGUGGCAGCUAUCCAAAAGGUGGCUUUAGGAGGGGGACUGGAGCUGGCCCUGGGCUGUCACUAUAGAAUUGCCCAUGCAGAGGCUCAAGUUGGCUUCCCAGAAGUCACACUAGGAAUCCUUCCUGGUGCAAGAGGAACCCAGCUUCUCCCCAGACUUAUUGGAGUGCCUGCUGCACUUGACUUGAUUAUCUCAGGAAGACAUAUUUCAGCAAAUGAAGCACUUAAGCUGGGUAUUCUUGAUAAAAUUGUGAACUCAGACCCAAUUGAAGAAGCAAUCAAAUUUUCCCAGACAAUUUCAGAUCAAUCUCCAGAAUCCCGUAGAAUCUGCAACAUGCCAGUCCCGAGCCUGCCCAACAUGGAUGCCAUUUUCAGUGAAGCCCUUCUGCAUGUGCGGAAGCGGUACCCUGGGUGGCUGUCUCCAGAGGCCUGUGUCCGUGCAGUCCAGGCUGCUGUCCAAUAUCCAUAUGACAUGGGAAGCCAGAAGGAAAAGGAGCUGGGCCUGUACCUUAAUACCUCAGGGCAGGCCAGGGCCCUGCAAUAUGCUUUCUUUGCUGAGAGGAUGGCAAAUAAGUGGUCCACUCCCUCUGGGGCUUCCUGGAAAACAGCAUCGGGACGGCCCAUCUCCUCUGUUGGCGUUCUCGGCUUAGGAACAAUGGGCCAAGGCAUUGUCAUCUCUUUUGCAAAGGCCCAGAUCCCAGUGAUUGCUGUAGAAUCAGACAAGAAACAGCUGGAGACUGCAAGCAAGAUUAUAACCUCCAUCUUGGAAAAGGAAGCCUCCAAAAUGCAGCAGAGUGGCCACCCCUGGUCAGGACCAAAACCCAGGUUAACUACAUCCAUGAAAGAGCUCCAUGGUGUAGAUUUAGUCAUUGAAGCAGUGUAUGAGGACAUGGACCUGAAGAAGCGUGUCUUUGCUGAACUAUCAGCUGUAUGCAAGCCAGAAGCAUUUUUAUGCACCAACACUUCAGCCCUGGACAUUGAUGAGAUUGCUUCUUCCAGUGACCGUCCUCACUUGGUCAUUGGCACCCACUUCUUCUCACCAGCUCAUGUCAUGAAGUUGUUAGAGGUUAUUCCCAGCCGAUUCUCUUCCCCCACCACCAUUGCCAUGGCUAUGAAUUUAUCAAAAAAGAUUAAGAAGAUUGGAGUAGUUGUAGGCAAUUGUUAUGGAUUUGUUGGGAAUCGAAUGCUCAGGUCUUAUUAUGAUCAGACAUACUUCUUAUUAGAAGAAGGCAGUAAACCAGAGGAAAUAGAUGAGGUGCUGGAAGAGUUUGGUUUCAAAAUGGGACCUUUUAGAGUGUCUGAUCUUGCUGGGUUGGAUGUAGGUUGGAAAUCUCGCAAAGGGCAAGGUCUUACUGGACCUACAUUGCCUCCAGGAAGUUCUGCCCGGAAGCGAGGCAGCCGGAGAUAUUGCCCAAUUCCUGAUAUGCUGUGUGAGUCAGGACGGUUUGGUCAGAAGGCAGGUAAGGGUUGGUACCUUUAUGAUAAGCCCCUGGGGAGGAUUCACAAACCUGACCCCUGGCUUUCCCAAUUUCUGGCACAGUACAGGGAAACCUAUCACAUCGAACCACGUAUCAUUAGCCGGGAUGAGAUCCUUGAGCGCUGCCUAUAUUCGCUCAUCAAUGAGGCAUUCCGCAUCUUGGGAGAAGGGAUGGCGGCUAUCCCAGAGCACAUUGAUGUUAUCUAUUUACAUGGGUAUGGAUGGCCAAGGCAGAGGGGUGGGCCCAUGUUCUAUGCUUCUACAGUUGGGUUGCCCACAGUGCUAGAGAAGUUGCAGAAAUACCACAGGCAGAAUCCUGAUAUUCCCCAACUGGAGCCUUGUGACUAUCUAAAAAAACUGGCUUCUCAGGGAAACCCUCCUCUGAAAGAGUGGCAAAGCUUGGCAGGACCCCCCGGCAGUAAACUGUGA